AAAGGAGCCAACCACCACAACGAUGUGCGCCAUGGAGGAUGCAGAUGGUGACGACUUGCGGAGGCUCCUGCGGCAAUCGGUCGACGCCUUAAAGGCAACGCAGCUACCAUCGCAACCUGCGAUAGCACAACCAUACCUUGCUUCAUUCGCUGCCAUUGCCUUGGAUCAGCGGCGACCACCAUUCGAAGAUGGCUGUGCAACGACAUUGCGCGCAAUUCUGCGACGGCAUGCACCGGACAUCGUGGUCCGUGGCCAUGUGCUUGCAUCGGGACACCAAGUUCAGAUCCAAUCCAUUGGAUUCCAUCGUGGAAAGUACGAAGGCGCGGCUUUGAAUGUGGCCGCGAUGCCGUUCUACCCGCUCGAUCUAUCACAGUACAACCAACGAAACAUGGGCAUGUGAUGAACAAACGGCAUAGGCACAUGCCUGUUUCCCCGCAAUCUGUAUUGGACUUCUCUGUCCGAAUCGAUACUCCGACACAUGACGUUGAAGUCGCUCCCUUGGACACACCCCUUCCAUCGACUAUUUGGGAUGCUUUGGAGGAUUGGGCCCCAGGGUGCUCCUUCGGUGGGUUUACUUUCACACCGACUCGGUCAUCUCGCUUCUCCCCAGCUCCUGCCCCUUCGAUCAACCAUCUCUUGAAGCGCGAUUUUACCGCCACGAAUAUGUUCGCCGUGGAUGGCAUGCUCUUUACCUACAGCGCGCCGUCUGUGACGUCAUAUAUCGUGCGGCCAAGGCUACACGAAGACGAAACUCUGUCGUAUCGUGCCUUGAGCAAGCAACAGAUGCAGCAGUGGGCUGCCGACAAACGAUCCCAAGCCGCCGCGUUGCGGCAAAAGGGCAAGUGCGACGAAGCCAUCACAGCGUACACGGCCGCACUUGAAAUGGACCAAGAAGAUGUAGAGAGCUUUGUGGGUCGUGGCGCAUUGUACCUCGAGUUGAAGCGCACGGACGUUGCAAGGCGGGACAUGGAGUCUGCGCUCAAGUUGCAGCCAUCGCACUCAGGGGCCCUCGAGUUGCAGCAAAACGUGCACGCGGCGGUGGCGGCAUCCAUGGAGGUAGCUCCGCGGCAAGAACUGUUGCCAAGCGGAAAGGACUCGGACCGGCUACGCGCACUUUUAGAAAUGGACAUCAGGCAGUCCUCCAAGGACAAAAAAAAAGACCACAAAAAAGAACACAAGAAAAAAGAAAAAAAGAAACACAAAAAGAGAAGUCGUAGCCGGUCCUCGGAUCGUAAUGCACGGAGAAAACGGUAAAAAAAAUUGGCAUUGUCAAA